AUACAGAAGCCUAUCAACUUCGGUGUCAUCGAGCCCGGCCUCUACCGCAGCGGUUAUCCGCAGGCCCAGGAUUAUCCCUUCAUCAAAAGCCUCAACAUCAAGACUAUUGUGACCCUAGUCUCGAAAGAGAUGCCCGAGGGCUACCAAAGCUUCAUGGACGCGAACGGCAUAUCACACAAGGUAUUCGACAUGGCCGGAACGAAGAAGCAGGUCAUCGACCUCGAUAUGAUGCAGGCCAUCUUGGAAGUCGUCGCCGACAACAACAACUAUCCACUUCUCAUCCACUGCAACCACGGCAAGCACCGGACGGGCUGCGUGGUGGGCUUGAUCCGCAAAGCUAGCCAAUGGGAUGUUCCCGCCAUCUUGUCGGAGUAUACACAUUACGCCUCGCCAAAGGUCCGCGACUCCGACCUCGAGUACUUGACCAAGUUC